AUGAGAAACUAAUCCUUUGAGAAUAUACGGAUGAAGAAUACUUCUUUGAUUGGAGGAAAUUUUGUAAGAUGUGAUUUGAAUGGAUCAGAAUUUGAGAAUGUGGAUAUUAGUGGAGUCAAUUUUAAUGGAGCUUAGAUGUUCAGUUGUAAAUGGAAAAACAUUAAAGUCCAUGAAUUGAAUAAGUUGGAUGGUCAUAGUGGUUGUAUUAACUCAAUCUGUUUCUCUCCUGAUGGAAAUAUAUUAGCUUCUGGUAGUGAUGAUAACUCUAUCCGUCUAUGGGAUGUCAAAACAGGAUAAUAAAAAGCAAAAUUGAAUUGUCCUCUAAAUAGAAGUUACCCAAUAACUUGA